CGGCCCUGGGCUCGCCGGGCGGGCGCGCACACGCAGACGCGCACACCCCGACACGCGCACACCCCGCACACUUCCACGCCCCUGGCCGCGGCCCGGGCGCCGCUCGGCUCGGAGCGGCGGGCGGGGACCGGGGGCGGGGGCGGCGGCGGCGGCCGCGGGAGCGGAGGAGGCGGAGCAGGGAGCCGGGAGCUGGCUGGCCCGCGCUCCUCCUGCUGGCCGGGGAUUUUCCAGCCUAGGCGCUGACGCCGCGGACCUCCCUGCGGCCGCCGCGGACCAUGGGCGACAAAGGGACACGAGUGUUCAAGAAGGCCAGCCCGAAUGGAAAGCUCACCGUCUAUCUGGGAAAACGGGACUUUGUGGAUCACAUCGACCUCGUGGACCCUGUGGACGGUGUGGUGCUGGUGGAUCCUGAGUAUCUCAAAGAGAGGAGAGUCUAUGUGACCCUGACCUGCGCCUUCCGCUAUGGCCGGGAGGACCUGGAUGUCCUGGGCCUGACCUUUCGCAAGGACCUAUUCGUGGCCAACGUGCAGUCCUUCCCGCCGGCCCCCGAGGACAAGAAGCCCCUGACACGGCUGCAGGAGCGCCUCAUCAAGAAGCUGGGCGAGCAUGCCUACCCUUUCACCUUUGAGAUCCCUCCAAACCUCCCGUGCUCUGUGACGUUGCAGCCAGGGCCCGAAGACACAGGGAAGGCCUGCGGUGUGGACUACGAGGUCAAAGCCUUCUGCGCAGAGAACCUGGAGGAGAAGAUCCACAAGCGGAAUUCCGUGCGUCUGGUCAUCCGGAAGGUGCAGUAUGCCCCAGAGAGGCCCGGCCCCCAGCCCACAGCUGAGACCACCAGGCAGUUCCUCAUGUCAGACAAGCCCUUGCACCUGGAGGCCUCCCUGGAUAAGGAGAUCUAUUACCACGGAGAACCCAUCAGCGUCAACGUCCAUGUCACCAACAACACCAACAAGACAGUGAAGAAGAUCAAGAUCUCAGUGCGCCAGCAUGCGGACAUCUGCCUUUUCAACACAGCUCAGUACAAGUGCCCUGUGGCCAUGGAAGAGGCUGACGACACGGUGGCACCCAGCUCCACAUUCUGCAAGGUCUACACACUGACCCCCUUCCUGGCCAACAACCGAGAGAAGCGGGGCCUUGCCCUGGAUGGGAAACUCAAGCACGAAGACACGAACCUGGCCUCCAGCACCCUGCUGAGAGAAGGAGCCAACCGCGAGAUCCUGGGCAUCAUUGUGUCCUACAAAGUGAAGGUGAAGCUGGUGGUGUCUAGGGGCGGCCUGUUGGGAGAUCUUGCAUCCAGCGACGUGGCUGUGGAACUGCCCUUCACCCUAAUGCACCCCAAACCCAGAGAGGAACCUCCACAUCGGGAAGUUCCAGAGAACGAGGCGCCAGUAGAUACCAAUCUCAUAGAACUUGACACAAAUGAUGACGACAUUGUAUUUGAGGACUUUGCCCGCCAGAGACUGAAAGGCAUGAAGGACGACAAGGAGGAAGAGGAGGACGGUACCGGCUCUCCACAGCUCAAUGACAGAUAGACAGGGGCCGGCCCUCCCUCCGGGCAGCUCCGGGCCCCUCUCAUGCACUAGGAUGCUUAUUCAUCUUCUUCCCGCCUGGUUUCUCCUCCCUUUGUUCUUCCAGUUUCUACCAGGGGCCCCAGUGGUCUUCCAGGUCACGGUGAUGGACCUCUGGCCUCAUGGUUGGCCACACAUCACCAUGCCAACAGGACCACAAAAUGCCACCUUCACCCCCAUCUCUGCAGUCACCUCUCCACGCCCCUCCUUUUCAUGCUGACUCCCAGAAAGACCACCAGGGCUCUGGCCUUGGAAUUUGACCUGAGAUGGGGAGCAGGUAGGGGAGGAGGGGGCGUGGGGCUUGGAGGGUGGGGAUGAGGGCUCAAGACACAUGAGAAGAUGUCCGUAGUCCCAGGUGGUUAACACAGUCUGGCAGCUAAAAGAUGACUGCAUUGAAGGCCACCUCCUUCUCUGGCUUGGAGGGGCAGACUCGUGGAUAGAUUCUCAAUGCCUUUUUGCAGUUCGGACCCACCAAAGACCUGUCCCCUUCCACCCUCAUCCCCACCCCAUGUCCCUCUGUGUCUGAUAGUGACACUGGUAAAGGUUCCUAGACCCCAGGAAUAGAGAAAAGCAACUGGACUGACUUUCUUACCAGCAGUUACCUGGACUAACACAAGCUGUGUGAACUAGCCUGAGUGUAUUUCAGUAUUGUCAGGAUGUGACACCUUAGCUACCUUGUAUUUUAUGUGUGUGGACCUCUCUAUACAAGCACAGAGAAAGAGAGGGAGGGGGUCUGCAGCGAGCACCAGCCCCUGGCAGAGUGAGCAGGGGGCUUGCAGAGGUGGGAGCAAAGAGCAGGAAGAGCAGAGUCUGCCCUAUGUCCCUGCCUUUGUGGACUUAACAUGGUCAUGCAGGAAGCAAGGCUGGAGGUCCAGAGGGGGCCAGGACCUUGGUCAAGUUCCUUCUCUCUGGGCCUCAGUUCCUCACCUGGCAAACCAAGGAGUUUGCCCACAGGACCAUAGGGGCCCUCCCAGCCCUGGCCUCAGAAUUUGUGAACACGAGAGCUUUUGGUCUGGUGGUAGAGCCAGAGCUGCUGCCUCUAGAGGGGAUUCCCUGGACCUCAGAGUGGGCCGAGCCCACAGAGCACCUAGCCCAGUGUCAGGCAGGUGCCUUGACGUCAGGCUGUGGCUGUAGCUGGUGUGAGCUGCUGUGCCCUAGGGCCUAUUAGGGAGAGGGACAGAACUUGUAUUUGCUGAGGCUGAGGAGGGGCUCGUGAUAGGGCCUCAGUGCCUCACAGCCCCCUGGGAGUGUGUACAUCCUGAGGUUUACUCAAGCAAAUAUAUCGACUAGCCGGGCAAGGGGAUCUCUCCUUAAUUUCUGUUCCCUUCCAUCUCUGUUCCACACUUGCCUGAAAAGGGAGACAACAAAAUUUUAUUGUGCAAGCUGGAUCUCAACCCAUUUCAGUCCAGCACCUCCAGGGCUGUGCUGUGCAACCAUUUCCCACUUCACAAGCCUGGCACUGUACUUCUGAGUCUCACGAACAUUCAACCCAGUGGACCCCCUCUCCAGCUCAGAGCCAAGUCCACUGGGGGCAGACACACUCCCCUGACCUGUCCUGGGGUCCUAGCUCUAGGUGCCCCUGGGCAUCUGCAUCCUGCCAGAGCUUGCUGGGCAGUUUGCACCUCAUCUGGGCAGCUGCAGAGUUGGUGAUAUGCUAGAACAGUGCGUGGCAAGCACAUGCCUUCCCGUGUCUUCUUCCAGAACCUUUGGGGCUGAUGCAAGACCCUUUAGCAUUUGGGGUGACCACUGUCCUGCAGACCUCUUCCCCCAUCCCUGGCACACGCACACAGAAGAUCUGUCAGGGGGGUUUCUUAAGCUUCCUCCACCUCAAUAUCACACUCAUCCUUUUGAGUUUAGCCAUUGUUAUUUAACCAACUUCUCCAACUGCAGGAAAGCAUCAGAGCCCUGUUUUGUUUUGUUUGUUUGUUUUGGUCAAGUUUAACUGAAGUCAGCCUAACCAUCCUUUGCUGACAACUUCUCUGCUCUGUGCUAAGCACUGGAGACAGGGACGGGUCGGUCCCAGCCCCUGCCCUCAGGCAGCUUGUGGUCCGGGGAAAGUUACGGGGGAAGUACUAGGGGCCGCUGCCGUCGGGGCCCCGUGCCUGCUGCCGGUCCAUCCAGUGCCUUGAUGUGAAUGGAAACAGGGCCCUGUUCAGGUGGGCUCAGACCCACACUAGAGUGGGCAGCUUUGUAGGGGCACGUAGGUUGGAUGUGAGCACCUCUUGGCCCUUGGGCAGAUGCCUUCCCACACAGCCAUGUGCUGCAGCCCUGAGGGACUCACAGGCCCCAGUGUUUCCUUCCACCUCUUCCUGGAGAGGACCGCCUGGAUCAUCUUUCCAGGCUUCUGGGGGGUUCCAGACACCAUCCCCCCAUCUCCACCCCAGCCCCCCAAAACAUGACGAGGGCUUCCCUGGGGGGCUCCUCUCCCAUCUGGAGUCAGCCUGUCCAGGUGAGACUUUGGAGUGAAACUAGGGGUGGGGGAGCCUCACUAGGUCCCGGGCAGCAGCCCACCGUGUUGGCUGUUUCUGUGCCAAGCAUUUGGGGCCGGUGCCGGCCAAGCCGCCCUGCACUGGGACUUCCAGCCCGCCACGUGGGUGGCAUGGGCAGGGGGGAAGAGCAUGCCCUGGGUGAAAGCCUGCCGCACAGAGGGCCAGCUGGGCUUCCUCAGCACUCCAGCCAAGAGAGGAGUUCAGUUCCCGUGAACAUGAGUUGUUUGGCCGGACCCCGCAGGCCACCUCAGCCUCACAGCCCAGCCAGGCUAGCGUGGGCUCACCUGGGGUGUUGGUUCAGCUGGGCAAGAUCCUGACAAGCUGGUUCCCACAUGGUAGAGUGAAAGGAACACUGUCCUGGAAGUCCCCAAUGCCACCUCUCAGUCCUAGCUGUCACCAACCAGCUGCUGGGUGGCCUUGAGCAAGUUACUCAACCUCUUGGGCUGUUUCCCUAACUGUAAAAUGGGACAGUAAUCCCUCCCCUGUCUGACUCAAGGAAUUGCUCUGAGGCCCUGAAGAGAUGAAAGUCAGUGGCCCGUGCUCUGUAAGUUGCAAAUGGCUGCACAGGGGUGGCCCUGCAAGUGCAGGGACAUGGCCCAAGGUCACGCAGGAAGUUUGCUGUGCUCAGCCUUCCUCCCACCAGUCUUCAUCUCUUGCCUCCCUUUUCAUUUAGGUAGAUGUCAACCAGAUUGAGAUGCAGCCAAUUUGGCUUUCGUGACCCAGCUGAGAGGGAAAUUUAGACCCUAUUUAGGAAUACCAAGCCCAAGAAUUGUGGUCCCAGGGACCAGGACACAGAGAGAAGGCAUGGAUAGUGUCAGUGACUGGGGGAGGGGAGCACUUUGGACCUGCCCAGACCUGGUGUCAUCUGCAUCUCCCAUCUCAGACCCCACGGAGCCCCACAGCCUUGGCUUUGACCCCAAGUUGAAGAGAACCACCAGCCCCCAGGCCCAGGAGCUGAACCAUUCCAUUGCAGAAAUCCGAGGGUGAGGGGAGAGGGAAAUUGCCUGCUCCUUCCCCUCAAAGUAUAAGGCCCCAUCCAGGACCAGCUGGAGCCACCAUAGCCACCUGCUAUCGGGAGGGCUUCAGGCCCAGGGCAAACCCAGCCUCUUGCCCUGAGACUGAGCCCCAGCUCAUCCCUUCCCCAGUGGUUUCAGCAGCCCAGAGAGACAGCUUCUCUCCUGCCAGUGGCUGGGGACUGGGCACUCUCCACCCAUCCAGGAGGAAGGGGCGAGGCCCCAAUCUUAAACUUUUAUAGGGUCUCAUGGACAUAGGCCUAUGCCUGUUCUGAUAUUUUUCUUUUUAAACUCAAUAAGGACCAAAACAGACUCCUCCGACCCUCAUCCAUAUGGCCUCGCUGCGGGGCAGGAGCCCACCUCUGCCAAUUCCCCACAGGGGCAAAGAGUGGCUUCAAAGGGAGGUCCUGAUGAAGGGGGAACAAUCUCCCCCCAUCACUCUCUCCCAACUUGUCACUCCAAAAGGGAAGUCAAAGCACAGGUCCCUGGGACCCACGAUCUGUAGCUACUCUGACACAGUGGUUUUCUAACCAGAGGCUGUGGAACCCCUGGUAUUCCACAGAGCUUAGUCAGGGGCUGCUAAGGUGGGAAGACAGGGGUGGAGGCAAAGGCUGGGGCUCCAGCACCUCCCCCCCCAGUCUCACUUCCACCAGAACAACUCUGCUUGUAUCUGUCUUGCCUAUUAAGGUUUCACUUGCAAACUUUCUUUAGAAGAAAAACUUCAAACCACUGUUCUGAGGUUUGAUCUUAGACCAGCAAGCAUGGGUUCUAUUCCUGCUUUUCACGUUGGAAUGGCUCCAGCAUUCCAAUGCAAAGGGUUUUUGUACUGGAACUCGGGUCACAGACCCAGGCCCAAGCAUCUGCUUACAUGUACACAUACACACGGACACAUUUGAUGGUUUUUCUAGCCAACCCACCCCGAAGCUCUGGCCUGGGUUUGAUCUGGGCAGGGGCCUGGUGCUCAGUGAGGACAGGUCUUGAUCCUAAUAUUGGCCCACUCAGCACAGGGAACCAUGGAGCCAGGAAGCAGGCCCAGCCCCAACCCAGGAUGUGUUUCUGCUCUGCUACGUGGCGCCCCACUUCCCUGGCCUAUGCCCGAGGGACACAGGAGGAGCAGAGUGAUGGGGGAAGAAGCGUCUUUAUACACAGCCGGAUGGGUGGGAACCCAGGUUCACCUAAAAGACAGGUUUAGGCAGGACAAUGUGGCACAAGCCCCUCCGCUGAGGGCAGGAUUGCUCCGGAGACCUUUUAAGCAACGAGUUUCCCUCAAGCAAUGUAAUGGGACUUUAUCCUCACAUUUGUGGGCAACACGUAUGUGGACAACAGGAGGCUCUUGUGGCCCCCACUGCCUGAACCCUGUCCUCUGUCCGGGCCCCUCACUGGGGAUCACUAGUAGGUGGGCACUUUGGGUGAGACCCAGACCAGCCCUUGGCACAAAACCCUGCCUGGGUGCCCCUACUUGGCCGUUCUAGGUGAAAAUGUGCCGCGCAGGGCAUAGCAGCCACAUGACACAGGGGAAAUAAUGCUGACUGAUACUUUUGGUCCAAAUGUGCCCUUGGGACCCCAUUGGCCUCAGUUUCCCCGUGUUUAGAGUAGGGCUGUGCCAGGCUCUUCCCACCUCACAGACACUAUUGCAAGGGGAGAGGUGGGUCUGAGAGGUGGUCAUAUGAGGUGGUGGCAUCUGAGAGGGGGAUGAGGUUUUGGCCUGCACUGCAGCUAAGCAGAGGACUCGGGACCAAGUGUAGGAUGUGCCAUCUUCCCCUUCCCGGGCACCCCUGCCCAGUGUGAAGGUGUAGCCACACGCUGUGGGGUCUGCCUAUUCCUAGGGGAUGGGAGCCCACGUGUGUCCUGGGCACGAGGAGUGAGGGAUGACUGGGAUGGGUCUCCAGGUCUGUGGCCCUUUUGUUAAGUGAUUAUUUUGUGACACUCAUUCCUGGACCACCUGCCAGGUUGAUCUGUUGUACCUGUGGCAUUCCUUAUUAUGUCAGAUAAGUUAUUAUAGUUUAUUCAACUCUAACAGGACAAAUGAACAAAAAAAAAACAUAAAUAGGAGAUUAUUAAAGGUCUUUUGUGCCAGAGGA